CCCCUGCCAAAAGGAUGUGAGUGAGGAACGUGGGGCGGUGGGCAAUGUGGGCACCGACUGCCAGGACUGUGCGGGAGGCCGCAGCAGUGGAUUCCUUCCUGACCCGGACCCUGAGUUGAAGGCAGUGGAGGGAAGCCUGCAGUCAUAAUGCCAGAAAUGACAGAAAAUCAGACACCUAUGCGUAGGACUCACAGGAAGAAAAACCGGGAAACUCACAACGCAGUGGAAAGGCAUCGAAAGAAGAAGAUUAACUCUGGAAUAAAUAAAAUUGGAGAACUUAUUCCAUGCUCUCCCGCCUUGAAGCAGAGUAAAAACAUGAUACUAGAUCAAGCCUACAAGUACAUCUCCGAACUGAAGAGACAGAAUGAUGAAAUUCUAUUGAAUGGAGGAACCAAAGAGCAAGGUGAAGAGAUCGUAAGACUACGGAAGCAGUUGAAUGAACUACAGAAGGAAAAUGACCGUUUUGCGGAAUUACUGAAAGCCAAUGACAUCUGCUUGCAUGAUGACCCUACAAUUCACUGGAAGAGGAAACUCAAGAGUACGAAAGUUACAAUGGUGGUUUCUUCCAACCAAAUGCAAGAUGAUAUAUUGGUCUACACAAAUGGAAGCCAAUUGAAUGGGAAUUGCCAACAAGCUGCAGUACAGAGUUCACCAGAGCAGGCUCUGAAUACUCUGAACAGUAAUACACCAGAAGCAUGUCUUGAUAUAAUGGUGCCUGUGGCAAUGCCUGAUAUUUGCCCGUUAGCAAAUGGGGCUCAACUUCAGACACAGAUCUCACAGCAGGAAGUUCCUGAAUGUCUUCCAACAACCAGACCUUCUCUGAAAGCUGUUCAGUGUACCACCAUCACCAGCAGCAACAGCACUGUACACAAUGUGCUGAAUGUCUCCACUAACAGCUCUGGACAAGUGGUUCUUCAGUGCCCUCUCACCAGUUGUGCAUCAGCUUCUUUAGCUUGUCCCACAAGCACCUCUGCACAAAUUGUACUAGAACAUUCCACAGGCAAGUUUGUACAGAGUGUCUCGGAAGCUGCCAAUGAAUGUCCUACACAGUGUGUCCUCAACGUUACUACUAGUACUUGCUUUGCUUUGCCAUUGCACUCACAGCAGAUUGGUAUGGCAUGCACAGGUGUGGAGAGCCCCAGUGGGAUGCCACCACAAUCAGUUUUGGGGCCGUCAUCUGUGAGUAGCCAGAACCCUGAAUUGAGAUCAACAAGGUCUUCCAUUACUGAGUGCUCACCAAACAUGUUGGCGUCAAACAUUUGUCAAAGUGUUCCUGUGUCAGUUGGAGGUCUUGUCAUUGCAUCACCAUCUUUCAAACUUGGGGCAAUGUCUAAUGGAGGUCUGAUGUCUUCUUGCCCAAUGGCCAGCUCGUGGACAGUCUGCCCAGCUUCUACAUACACCGGCGCUUCAGACUCAAACAGUGUCAGUACUUUUUCACGUAUGAGUUCUGCAGGUAAUACACGGACAACAUGGACUACAUUACAGCUAGCGGGCAACACUGUGCAUCCUGUCAGCCACGGGGGCUGUAAUAGCUUGCCAGUGCCACUAAAUGGAAACCUAAGCGCCAGAAAUACCUUCUCCAUUUCUGAAAGUGGCCAGCCGUUUAAUAAUGUAACUGUGGUUCCCUCCGCUUCAACAGCGUUUCAAGGUGUUUCCUUCUGUUCCGCUUACAAACAACUCAAGCAACAGGUGGCAGUUACCGUGCAGCCCCCCCUGCAGUCUCUACCCUUGCAGCCCGUUCUAGCCCAGCCGCAAAUUCCAGCCCAGCCAGCUGCCAAGGUGGUUUCGUUGCUUCCUCCCUUACAAGUGAUUCAGAUGGCCCGCCCCGCAGGAUCGUCUGUCUCCUCCACUCCCAAUAAUCAGAAUCUGAUCAUCCUCCAGCCAGGUAAUCCCACCUCACCUGCUGUGGUGAGAGGUGCCAUCAACAGCCAGGCACCAGGUCAGCAAAUUGUGAUCAUACAAGCAGCCAGUCAGAAUGCAGUCUCCGUAGUCCCAGCUCAAACAAGUAAUCGGUUACCAGCCCUUGACUCCAAUCAAUUGGUAUGCAGCAGCAGUAAUGCACAGAGCUCUCCCAGUAUUCAAACAGUGGGAGGGAAGCACCUUGUUCACAUAUUGCCACGGCCAGUUUCUUCAUCUGCUUCCACGAGUUCCCAGUCCUUCACUGCCACAGGAUCAGGUCAGCAGCAGCAGACCAUCUCUGUCAAUGGCCAGUUGUUUGCUCUGCAGCCAGUAAAGCAGUCGGGGGCCUCCUCCAGCCAGAACACCAUGCAUAUCAUUCAGCCAACAACCAGUGCUGAUCCAAACACCAAUGUUGCCCUUAAUACUUUUGGCGCAUUGACAAACCUCAGCCAAAGUAUCUCUCAGAUGGCUGGACAGGGGGGCUUACAAUUGAGCAGUGGCCAUGCAGCCAAUUCUUCAGCUCCUUCCAAUGGCCAGAUCGUUGGUGCCAGCACCUCUGCACCUGACACCAUAGUGACUAGCACGAGCACUGAUAUUUCAAAGGCAUCAGCGUGGCACACAAGCAGUUCAUGCUCCUUAAAACCUCCCCUUGGUCUACCCCCUAGCUGUAAAACUAAAAAGCUGCAGAAGAAACCCCUUUCUGCAAAGCAAGGAGCCACAAGGAAGGUCACAUGUACUGGGAACAAAUUGAAGGUGGAUGCUAAUUGCGUCCAAUCUAACAAAGAUAACCCAUUGCAGCCGUCAACUAGUGAUGAUCAAAUUUCAUCAUCGCAGGGGUUGACGAUAUCACAGCCAGCAUCAUUGUCUCAGAUCCCAACAUUAGUGGCAGCCACAGUGGCCAUUUCUGUCACUUUACAGGAGGUAGUGGAUAGACACCAAUCAGCACCCAGAUUGUCUCAACAUGUACUACCACCGUGCUUAACAGAACCAGCAUUAGCUGAAUCAGUGUCUCGAGAGCAGCCCGACAUACUGGCAGUGAUUUCAGCAACAUCAGCUUUAGUCGCAUCAUUGCCACCCUCUUCAUCUCGGAGUGAUUUGACAAAGAAUGUUUUGGGUGUACCUUCUCCCCCAUGUGUAAUCACAGAUGUAUCAACGUCAGCUCCUCCAUCGUCACCUUACUGUUCAAGCACAGGUCUUCAAGUUUCGGGAGGGUUUUCAAUUGACAAGGACAGUGACUUAGUUGAGCUGCAAACUGCUGUGGCAAAUGUUUGCAGCACACCCGGGAUAACCAGCGUUUCUGCACAGUUGGAAUCUCUCGCAGCUGCGCAGCACCAAGGUAAUGUAAGCGACAAAGAAAGGAGCCAAGACUGGCACAAAGGACAAUUAGAAAUGGACAAGUUUACAACGACUAAAGAAAUCCACAAUCAAGAUGGCGGUAGCAUGAUGCACGGAGUCACGCAUGGCGACAAAGGAUCCUCAAACGAGAAGAGUUCCUUGCUGUCGUUUGUGAAAGACCCCUGUGCUGAUAAUGAGUUGUGUGUUGACAGUUCCAGAGAGACCUCGUCUGGCAUGUUGUUUUAUGAAAAGGGUGAACCUCAGAAAGGCAUUCUAUUAGUGAGCUCCGAGGCUGAAAGUGGUGUGCAGCAGCAGCUGUGCAACCCAGAUCAGGAGAGCAUGGGAGGCCCCUUGAUUGUCCACCGCCAGACCGAGUCGCCCAUGUCCUCCAGCUCUGGGAGUAGCCGUGGCUUUUCUGUUGCCUCCAUGCUGCCGGACACCACCCGGGAAGAUGCUUCCUGCAUCAGUACAAUGACUGGCACUUUUAAUAACUACAGCAUAUCCGAACAGAAUGACAUUGUGGCCCUUGCUGCUAGAGCAAUUUUUGAACAUGGAAGCCCAGGGAAAACUUUGGCCUCAGACGUUACUGUAUGUGAUGCUAGAUCAAAAGCUCAGAAAGUUCCUUUCGCAGAUAAAGGAGAGUGUCCAAGUCAGCAAUCAGUUAAAAGCCUUGGCAUUAAAGAGAGCAGUCCAAAUUUGACAGAGGCUAGUGCAGCUGAAGGUCAAAAGCAACGAUCGUUACCAAUGGACACAAACUCAACAGGAAUGUCUGUAAAUAAGACCUCAGCUUCUGUUGUAAAAGAAAUAUCAAAUAUGCCAAUGAUUUGCACAUCUUCUGUCUCUGCUAACCUGAGUGUAAUUAACCAUGCAUGCCAUAGUGAAGCUAAUCAAAUGCAUACCUGUUCACCAGGCCAGACCCAGCUUGUAGAGCAGCUUCCAGUCUGUGCGACAGCUGAUCUAUCCAAUGGACCUGCUACAUACACAGAACAACCUUCCCAACCCACCCUAUUGGCAGAAUUUUCUCACGAGCAGCUAGAUACUAGGAAAGGUAACUCACAGACUUCCCUAGUUUUGGAGCCACGUUUGAAGCAAAGCAGCGAGAGCCGAAAAGACGCAACAAAGCGGACUGGGCCAGAUGACCACAUAAUCUCAACAGCAAAGCGGCAAAAGCAGUGCCAGAAUGCAGCCAUGAGACUUGAAGGGAAGUCCACAAUAAGUACAGUACCUGACCAUAUUUCUGAAUGCGGCCAAACGUUCAUUGGUCAGUUGCCAACAAAUUCUUCGAGUUUAUUGGUCUCGGGUAGCAAUCCAGGACACACAGAUAGUCUCAGCACCUUGUUCCCACCAACUAAUUUCCUGACUUCUAAUUCUGCUGAAACUUUAAGGCCAACUGAAGCUCAUUGCAACGUCCAGCCACGAAUCCAAGAAGGACAAGGGCAGCAAGGCAGCCAGCAACUGCAGCAGCAUGUGGUGCCCCAGCAGAAUGUCUCUUCACCAGUGGGGCUUAGUGUCCACCAUGGCCACGUGUAUUACAAACACCAUCAGGGGCAGAUACGCGAAAGGCAUUUAUACCACCUUCAGCAUCACCUACCGCACAAUGAGAGCUCAGUCCAACCACAGGCUCACAGUGCCCAGCAACCCCCCCGUGCUGCGCAGCAAGAAAUCCAAAUGCAGAAGAAACGAGGGCUCAUACGGGGGAGUCAAACUCCCCAGUUGUCACUGCAGCAAAAGCAACACCCAAGUGGGAACGGCCAAGGACGACAGAAAGGGAAUCACCACCAUCAUCAGCACCACCAUCAUCAGCAACAACAGCUUCAGCAGCAAAUGCCACACUCGCACUUUGGAAAUUCACAAGAUAAAAGGUGUGACAAUUCUGUGACCAACAGAAACCAUCACAGCAGCCAUACGCAGAGUCUCCAUAGCCAAGAUCUCAUCCACCAGCAGCAGGAUAAUGCUAGAAGUGGGCAACAAGGAGCUGGUGGUGUCCCUUCAGAACAGUCUGGGCAGUCACGCAUCCAGAGGUUAAUGACCUCAAGGUCAUUGGAUCAGCAAAUGGCUUCUAAAUCCAACUCCGUGUCACGGCCUUCAGACGUACAAUUUACCUCCCAUAGACAGGAAAGGAACAGAAUUUCCAGUUAUUCAGCAGAGGCUUUGAUCAGAAAAGCACCUUCAAAUGCAGAAUCCCGAAUGGGGAUGGCAAUGCAGAGCACCAGAAAUAAUCUGGAGCAGCCUGAAAUGCGAACCUAUCUUGAUCUAUCAAUGAACAAAAACCUGCCUGUGCAUAGUUUGCAGGCUAAAUUGUCACUAGAUCAUUGUAUAAAUUCUGAUGUUCAAGGCCUUCCUGACUGUCCUCCCUUUAAAGUGAGUGUGACAACUCAAGGAGUUGGCACUUUUGAGGUUCAGUCAUCGAGAGGCAACGAGAUGGUCAAUAGUAUGCCGGCACACAGAGGAAUGCAGUCGCAUGGCUUCAGGCUGGGUCAGGGUACAGGGGCUGAAAGGCAGUCCAGGCUGCCUUAUUUGCCAAUGCAAGGGAUCCCUUCAGGAAGUGGAGUUCCUUUAAGGGAGAAUGAAGGCUCCUGCCAUCAGAGCUUUAUGCAAAGCCUACUGGCUCCUCCUCUCAGUGAGCAGAUAAGUGGAAACCAAAGGUCAGAACAUCCAAGAAACACUCAGUGUGUUCCUCCAGCAAGCAUCGAAUACAGUUGCCCGUCUGUAAGAGAGGGCGUUCAUGUUAGAAGGGAUGGUGAGGUGCAAAAUCGUGAAAGUUGUGACAUGACUUUAGGCGCACUCAGUUCCAGAAACAGUUCUUUAAGCAUCUCCUACACAAAUCCUUCCUCCGUAGCAGACAGCCAGGGCCGAAACACUAGCCCAAAUGUGUCAGCACAGAAGAACUCCCUCAGAAUGAAUGAAAGUCAAGGAAAUAAGUGCCACCCAAACUCGCAGGUUUCUCCAAAUGUACACGGAGCGGUUAGACCGGUGAUGUCUCACACUGCGGUUUCCCACAGCGGGAAUGAGCAGGGACACCCAAUUCAGCAGCCCAGUUCCUCGGGCGUGAGCCAGCGAGCGCGCCAUCCAGCCCAGGAGGGAUCGGCUUCAAAGAUGCGGCAGACUGAUCGGUCUCGCUCUGGGAACCACAGAAGCGGGAACGUUUUUGAGCAUGGCCUACAGUUACCCCUGGCAUCCAGUAGCAGUAUGAUCCUUGGCCGCCAGCAGCCAGUGAGUGCUCGGACAGGAAGCAUUGUGCGUUUCAUGGCUGAGGGGCAACAAUUACCAAACGAUAAUUUAGCCCCCGACCAGCACGCUCUGUCUCAGAACUUUGGAUUCCCUUUCAUUCCGGAAAGUAGCAUGAACCCUCCGAUUAAUGCAAACCCAUCGUUCAUCCCCCCUGUAACUCAGCCAGGUGCAAACCGUACCCCAGCUCUCAUACCAGUGGAACCACAGAAUCCUCUGUCCUCAUUUUACCCUCCGUACUCUCCAGCUCAUCCCAACCUUUCCAAUGACCUCUCCAUCCCCUACUUUUCCAAUCAAAUCUUUAGCAGUCCUAGCACAGACAAGGCCAAUGCCGGGGGACUCAACAACCCAUUUGGGUCCAUCCUGUCCCCCCCUCGGCCAGUUGGCUUCCCACAGCCAAACUUCCCCCUUCUCCCAGACAUGCCAGCCAGACCCAUGGCCAACACUUCCAGCAUCACCCCGCACCUCUCCAACUUCAACCUAACCACUCUCUUCCCCGAAAUCGCUGCUGCUCCCCUCGCCCCUGAGAGCACCGCCAUGCCCAUGUCACCUUUGUUGCCUUUAACCAACCCGGCUCUUUCCGAUGUCUCCAAGCAGCACUCGAACCGAUCUGCUCACAAUAUAAGCCACAUACUGGGUCAUGAUGGCAGCUCUGCCGUAUAGGAUUAGACACUGCUUGACCUUUAACUCUGUGAGACUGUUUUAGUUGCACAUGUAAUAGUGAGGGGUCAGGUUGGAUUUACGAAUCUGUUUCCCACAUUGUGGGUAUUAAUUGUCCAGCUAUAAAUCAGCACUACCCUGCCCUCCCA